UCCGAGACUCCCAUCAGUUGAGCUCGGCAGAAGCCACACAUACGCGUUCGAGAGGAGGGCAACACGGUCGAGGACCUUACCGAAGCGGAUCAUUAUUUGCAAAUCUCCGUCGUCGUUCUUUUUUUUUCUUUCUGAAGUGAGCCCACUGUUUCAAGUUCGCGAGAAGUCACAAUGCGGGCUACUUCUCGGUCAGCUUUUGGGACGGUCGGCUUGGCUCUGACCAUGGCGCUCCUGACGGCGUGCGCAGCCUCCGAGUACGAGUAUCUAAGUUGGAAGUCGUCCGACCCGUACAACGUCGGACGCGGCUACGGAAAGCCCCCGCAGUGCGUGGACAUCCCCGACGACCUGCGGCUGUGCCACAGCGUGGGCUACGCUCAGAUGCUGUUGCCGAAUCUGCUCGAGCAUGAGACCAUGGCCGAGGUGAAGCAACAGGCCAGCAGCUGGGUGCCCCUGGUGCACAAAAACUGCCACCCGGGCACGCAGGUAUUUCUCUGCUCGCUCUUUGCGCCCGUGUGCCUGGAGCGACCUAUCUACCCGUGCAGAUGGCUGUGCGAGGCCGUGCGGGACAGCUGCACGCCCAUCAUGGAGGCGUUUGGCUUCCCCUGGCCGGAGAUGCUCACCUGCGACAAAUACCCACAAGACGAUGUGUGCAUCGCCAUGACUCAACCCAACGCCACCGAAUCCACGAAGCAGACAGGUUAUUCUCCCAUUUGCCCUCCCUGCGACAAUGAAAUGAAAACCGACGCAAUGCUGGAUCAUAUGUGUGCCAGUGAAUUUGCUUUUAAGACCAAGAUCAAGGAGGUGAAGCGAGAGAACAUGGACCGCAAGGUGAUCUUUCAGAAGCGGAAGAAGAUGCUGAAAGCAGGCAAUCUGAAGAAGAAGGACAUGAAGAAGCUGGUGAUGUACUUGAAGAAUGGUGCCGACUGCCCAUGUCAGCAGCUGGACAAUUUGGGUAACCAGUAUCUGAUCAUGGGCCGGAAGGUUGACAAGCAGUACCUGCUCACGGGCAUCCAUAAGUGGGACAAGUCCAGAAAAGAGUUCAAAAAGGCCAUCAAGAAACUCAAGACCCACAAAUGCCCCGCCUUUGCAAAUGUCUUUAAAUAAGUUGACCUCCCUCCAUUUGGUCACUUCUUUUCCUUCAUAUGAACUUGCACAAGCAUGAAACUCCAAAACGUUGCUUUUUAAAAAAAAAAAAGUUUUGUUUGUAUUGAUAUAUCUUUCUAUGUUUACGUAUAUCCUUUGCAAUGUGCUUUUUACACUUUUUGGAUGAGAGAUGACAUCACCAAUUGAAGAGUUACAUUUCUUUAUUUCUUCACUUGAGAAAGCUCUGCUUUCGUCUGUCCCAAUUUCCAUGGCGAUGCUUUCUCAAAUUUGGACAUCAAGCGUGUCGGCCUAUUUUACCUGAUGGUGGCAGAACAUUUUGAUUCAACUUAACUUCAAAUGGUUCUGUGUGAAUUUUAGUCAUAGUUAUGAUGUAACAAUCAAGCCUGGGUAACAGCUUGUUAAUUUCUACAUUCUUUUUUUUUUAAUGAGAACUAGACCAUAAAAGUAAGACUAUUUGUUUUUUGUUAUUAUUACAUACAAAUUGUUAAGAAUAAAUUGUAAAUGAUUAGUGUAAUGGGGGUUUUGUUAUAUGUGUUUUGAGUUGUAAGAAUUCAGUCUCACAUCAUAUUUUCAAAUGAAUAAGUGCACAAUGACUAAAGUCAUGAGAUGAUUCAACCACUUAGCUUGUUUUCAUCGUCAAGCUUCUUGCAACCUCUUUCAGAAACCCGAAUUCCAAUUGCAAAAUGUUUUGCCGGUGUGUCAUGCACUCUUGACCAAAUAUUAUUUGCCUCAAGCGCCACGGUGUAUUUGCAGUAAUCAUUAUAAAGAUGAAUUAAAAGUGUUUGGACUUUGACAGAUUUCAGAUGGAAAAGCAUGUCAGCAGUUGUCUUUUACUCGACGUGGAUGGUCUGUUUUAGCACUAUUUUGUGUGCGUUUCUGACUAUGAUGUGUACAUACAAAUUUUACAUAAAUAAAGAAAACCUAAAUUGUGA